GUGUGACGUCACGGCUCGACCGUCUCGUGCGAGGCAUCUCGGGUAAUAUACACGAUUCGCCAUCUUGGACAUGGUAUGGCUCGGCACUGCUGCUACUCGGCUACAUAGUGCGUGCGGCGAGCAAAGGAAGACAUGCGAGGUUUCGAGCGGACGGCGCAUUAUUACGCUGCGUUGAGCCCGGCGUAAGAUAGAUAAUCUCGAUCGACGACAACCAGCGGCAACACGACGACUCUUCCUUCUCUCUCUCUGUCUCUCUCGCCUCGCGAGAUGGAGGCGGUGAAGGCGUUCAACGCGGAGCUGUCCGCUCUUUACGAAGUUAAACCGCCUAUUUCAAAAGCCAAGAUGAAUUCACUUACACGGGGAGCCAUCAAAGCAAUAAAAUUCUAUAAGCAUGUUGUACAAAGUGUAGAGAAAUUUAUUCAAAAGUGCAAGGCAGAAUACAAAGUACCAGGAUUAUAUGUAAUAGAUUCAAUUGUCAGACAAUCUCGACAUCAGUUUGGGAUGGAGAAAGAUGUGUUUGCUCCGCGAUUUGCGAAAAAUAUGCAGACCACUUUUCUCAAUCUUUUAAAGUGCCCACAAGAAGAUAAAAGCAAAGUUAUACGUGUAUUGAAUCUUUGGCAAAAGAAUGCGGUUUUCCCUCCGGAAGUCAUUCAACCACUCUUUGAUCUGGCUGAUCCAAAUCAUCCGAUACAUAAGGAGCAGCCAGUAAAUAGCAAUGGUACAUUAAAUACAUCAUCUGGAAAUAAUAUAAGUAAUGUAAAUGCAGUCACAAAGACUCCACCGUCUGCUAUUAAAAAUGCUGUAAAGGAUGUAAAACUAUUUUCAACUGGAAAAACGAUUGAUCCGAUAUGGCUAGCACAAACAAAAGUAGAGGCAGCGAAUUUGGCCAAUGCCAAACUACUGAGCCAAUCUAACUCCAGUAAAAUGGACCCUUCUAUUUUUGAUCAGUUACAAUGUUUACAACAGUUACUUUUGAAAAAGCAGGAUGUUGUAAAUGAACCAAAGAGUUCAGUUAAGUUUGAUAAGAAAUUGCUAGACUUUGAUUACGGUGAAGAGGAAGAUGAUGAUGUCGUUAUUGCUAAUUCUCCAAACACAGCUGCAUCGGUCAACACUCAACACAAUGCGGUUUCAGCAAACAGUAGUCUAGAGAGCUUGGGGCUGUUGCUUGCAAAUCCAGAAGUUCUGAGACAGUUGCAAACUUUACAACAAUUACAAAACAAUGCUUCUUCUUCGCAAUAUGAAAUGGAAGAGAAGAUGCGCAAGUUGCAACAAAUGAAACAGCAGGAAGAAGAAUUUGAUAAACAUUUAGCACAAACUGUUCCUAAUCUUCCAUUUGCAUCUGAAUGUGAAUUGAAGCCUUCUGAUAUUUUAAAACCAAAUAUCCAAAGUUACACAUCAAAUGUGAACAGCAACGUGUUACAAGAUAUGAGUCAGCCACCGCCUGGCUAUCCGCCAGCUCUGCCAUAUACGUCACAAUCUUUACCAAACAUUCGACAAAUCAAUCAAUCUGCACAUCAGAAUCAAAAGAGCCCAUUGCUGGACGAACGUCCAGAAAUGCAAGACUAUUCUGGAAACAAUGCCAGACGUGAUAGUAGCAGUGUAGAAAUUGUAAAUUGUGAAAAUACGAGCUCACAAAGUAGAUCGCCAGAUCGGUAUCGACAUCACAGUCGGUCUCGGUCCCCACGUCAUAGAGACAGAGAUCGAGACAGAGAUAGGAAAUCCCGUUCCAGAAGUAGAUCGCGACGGAGAAGAUCUCGUUCAAGAGACAGAGGGCGCGACAGAAAACGCGAUGAUAGCCGCGAAAAGUUGACGGAAGAAGAGCGGGAGAAAGAAAGAGAGCGACGAAAACGUGGUUUACCACCGAUAGUUAGGGAUAAAUUAAGUGUUUGCAGUACGACACUUUGGGUGGGACAUUUAUCGAAACUUGUGCAUCAAGAAGAAUUAUCGGACACUUUUGGAGAACUUGGCGAUAUUGUUAGUAUUGACUUAAUCUCACCAAGAGGUUGUGCUUUUAUAUGUAUGAAUCGAAGACAGGAUGCAUAUCGAGCACUUACAAAAUUGAAAAAUCACAAAAUGCAAGGCAAAGCUAUUACGUUAGCAUGGGCGCCUGGUAAAGGCGUAAAAGGCAAAGAAUGGAAAGAUUAUUGGGAAGUAGAACUGGGUGUUAGUUAUAUUCCUUGGAAUAAAUUGAUUAACAUUACUGAUCAAGACUUGGAAUUGUUGGAAGAAGGCGGCAUGAUAGACGAAGAUACAUUACCUCCUCCUCAGGAGAGACAUCUUAAAACUGCAUUCUCUUUCACAGGAAAACUAAAGCAUGCUGGCACGAGCACCGAUAUCCUACAACAACAGCUUCAGCUACAACAGCAAGCGCUUGCUGCCGCUACUGGUGCUCCUAUUCCCACGUUAACAGACGGGAUUGUGAACGUUAUACAGUCGUCGGCUGGUUCGCAGCAACAGCAGCAGCAACAACAAUUAGUCGACACCAGCCAACCGCCGCCAAUCAGACCGCCAACAUCGGCUGCGCUACUGCCACCUCCAAAUACGCAGCUGCAGAUGAUGCCUCCGGCCUUUACGAUGCCCGGAGUGCCACGAAUGAUUAGUCACAUGGGCCUACAAAUGACGCACGGGUUAAUGCCCAAUGUCCCGAUCGGAGUUCCGCCACCUAACAUGCAGAGUUUGCUGGGACCACCAGGCAUGAUGCAGACUAUGUUAACGCCAUCAGUUAACCCGCCAUUCGGAGCAGGUGUUGGCGUAAGUUUAUUGACGCAAAUCCCGAUGCCCGCGCCUGCUGCAGCGCCUUCGGAUAAGCCAAAUUCCACCGGUAUGCCGCACAACGUUCCACCCAUUGGAGUACCUCCACCCACUACAGAGACAAGUAUGCCGAAUUUGCCAAUGCUACGACAGCCGUACGGAGUCGGUCCUGCGCCGCCGAUGCAGCUGCAACUGCCUCAACAGCAGCAUCACUCGGAUGAUAUGGACGUGGAGAUGGAGGACGCAAUGCCGCAGAGUCUGAGUAGCAACGUACUAAAGGAUAAACAACCAAAUCUCAGUGAUCAGUUGAUCGCGGCGAUGAAUAUGGGUAGCAACGUAAACGACGGUCGUCUAGAGAGUGAUCAGGUACGCGAGUACAAAGAACGGGAACGCGACCGGGAGAAUAGGGAGAGGAGAGAUCGGGGCGAUCGGGAUCGUGGGGAUCGUAUGGACGUGAACGAGUGUAGGAUGGAUCGCAGUAGGGACAGAGGACGAGGACGGGAUCGCGGUCGCGAUAGACGAAGGGAUAAUCGCGAAGGUCGCGACAGGGAGAGAGACGACAGACGCGACAGAGAGAAUCGGGAGGCCCGGGAGAGCGGCGUCAGACAUUCGGAGGGACUGAGCACGCAGAAUCAAAAUGUUCAGGAGGGCGAAAGCAUGGCGAAGAAGGAAGGCAAACCUAGUCUGGCUGAGCGAUUGCGACAAUUGGCGGAUGGUACACUGCCAUUGGAUGAUCGGAUGGAUAGGAAUUUACGUGGCAACCGAACAGUCGAGCGCAAUAACGAGCGAAGUGACAGGGGUUUCGAAGAAACCCCCGGAGGAGGAAGUGGCGGUGGUAGUAGUGGUGGUGCCGGUGGCACAAGUGGUGCUAGUAGUGGUGCUGGUGCUGGUGGUGGGCGGCGACCACUCAGCGACAUGCCGAUCUCCCUGAUGGAUUUACCGAAAUUCAGCGGAGUUCUGCCCCCAGACCGGACAGAUUUCCCGCGAGGACCGGACUUUCGAGGUGGACCGCAAGACGCGCGGGAGUUUCCACAGCGCGGCCUAACUGACCGAUCUGAUCGGCAGAGUUUCCCAUCUCGGGGGGGUCCAAGGAGUUCGCAGAUGGACGACUUUUUGGACCUCAGGAUGCAGCCUGGCAUAUUCCCGGAGGACUACGAGGGCAGAUUGGGUCACAAUGGGCCGCGGCCCGACGACUUUCCACCAGCCAGGCUGGUUCCGACUCGAGAGGAGUUUGAGCGACCGGAAGUGCGUGCUCGUAGACCACCUGUGGACGAAUACGAGCGCGAACGUUUCGAGUACGAGAUGAGGCGCGACGGUUUUGAUCCCAGGAUGCAGGACUCCUUCGAUCCUAGGAGUCACAACGAACGACCGGAGUUCGAUCCUCGCAGAAGGGAGUUCUUUGGUGGUCCAAUGGAGCCUGUGUUCGGAAUGCCGCCACUGAUGGGUCCCAAAGGGCCGAGGGGACCGGUCGGUCCCGAUGGAUUUGGACCGCGAGGAUCCAGAGGACCAGGUCCUCUGAUGUUCCAUCCGCGGGGAAUGGGCCCGAGAGGUAUGAGACCCGGGAUGAGGCCGUUCGCACCCCGAGGUCCCCCGUUUGAUCCUAGGGAAGCAGAUUCCUUUUUCCGGCCGUUCGACGAUAUGCGCAGUCGUCCUGGGCCGCAUAUCCGGCCACCAUUCGGUCCGAUGGGCCCACCAGCCAUGCACGGUCCAGACGGACCGUGGAGAGGUCAGGAGGGGGCAGGCAGCGCUGGACUACCUGCGUCAUGGCCCGGACAGGAACCUGACGCACAUGGACAGCGAGAGAAUCAUUUGCCGCGGGACAAGCAAAAGCUUAUAGGGAAGCAUCAGGACUUUAAGAACAUAUCCGAGAAUCGCAAUCGGAAUCGCAAGUCUAGAUGGGGUAAUGUCAGUCCACCACUGAUGGACGAUGAGAUACCACCGCCGCCACCACCACCACCACCACCGCCACCGCCGUCGUCAUCGGAGGACAUUGAGAAGAAAGCGUCCGAAGACGAUGGAGAACCGAUGGAAGCGAAGGAUAACUUUGAUACUUCGUCCUCCGCCGUUCUCGGCCAACACGAUCUCCUGAUGCAGAGGGAGCAAGAGUUGACAGCUCGUCGCGAGCAAGACGUAAUGGUGGGUGGUGAUGGUGAAAACGAGCUGGCGAGUAUAUCGAACGACGAGGGUGUCAACCGUGAAACCAGCUACAGAAAUGACGAGGGUCGGACAACCGGUAAUCUCUACGAAAUUGACGCGGACCAUUUCCCUAACGACGAUUUAGCGCUAAAGCAGCGGGAGGAGGAGCAGUGUGAAUACGAAGCACCCAUUCCAGCUGAGAAUUCAGCGCAACAAAGUGCGGUACAACCGAUUGAACAAAUAGGCCACGUCAGUGAGAACCAUAGUGAUCAAUCAGUGGAACAGCAAGUGGAUUCCUUAUAGACAGAAGGGGAAAUAAAAUGUAAGAAUGAAACGCAGAGGAAAGAUUAAUAUCGAAAAAAGAUUACCAAAGUAAAGCUAAAGGAUCUUCAGGCAGAUUCAUGUAAAAUAUCGUUUAAACCGAUACAAUGUACAUAGAGUGCAAAAGAGCGAUUGAGAGAGAGAGGGAGAGGGAGAGGGAGAGGGGGGGAGAGAGAGAGAGUUCGAUAUUGUGAAAAAUUAUCGCACACUGGAGUGGUGGGGGAGAGCCGUUGGGUGCUAGUGAGUGGGUUUUUUUUAUCUUUCAGUCAUCAGAGUAUUCUCAAUUGUUGACUGUAAGUCGAUCAAGAUUCUUUUCUCGACCGAAAUCUGCUGCCUAGAUUAAUUGCUGUGAUAGUGAACACAGGACCUGUUUAUCCAUAUGUAGAAGUGUAUAUAUACAUACAUACAUACAUAUAUGCACACAGAGUUUCUUAAUCGAAAUUCUUUUAUCACGGUCUACUUUUUUUUCUUUUAUCUCGAAUGACCGUGAUUUCGCAGUACAGAAUUUUAUAUAUGUAUAUAUAUAUAUAUU